AUGUCGACUCAAGAGGCAGAGCCAACCUCGGACGACCAGCCACCCUUAUCCACCGGUACCAAUGUUAAUACUCUAACAAGUGUGUCAGUUAAUCAGCAAACUGCACUAAACUCGGCGUUGACGUCAAGUGUGACAUCGGCUGAGGAAGACAAGGGCAGCGAUUCUGAUGGAGAUGGGGCUGAAGAGGUUGGUUUUACUCCGUUUCUUUAUUUUUUUGUUGUUCAGGAAUAGUAUGAUUGUUUUUGUAGAUUUUGGAGGAAAGUCCAGAUAAAAGAUGGUCCAAACGCCGGGAAAAAGUAAAACAACGAGAUGUCCCGGGGAUUGAUGCCGCUUAUUUGGCCAUGGACAACGAGACGGGUAACGAGGUGGUUUGGAACGAAGUUCAAUUCUCUGAACGAAAGAACUUUAGAGAACAGGAGGUACUUUUGCUCUAUGUUUUCAAGACUUUUUUUUAGGAGAAGUUACGAUCCGUGUUCGAUAAUCUUACGCAGUUGGUGCAUAUUAAUCUGGUCAAGUUCCACAAGUAUUGGACCGAUACGAAAUCGGAGAAGCCCAGGGUUUGCUCGGCUUCAUAGUACUAUGUCUUUUUAGAUGAUUUUUAUUACGGAAUAUAUGUCAUCUGGAUCCAUGUCACGUUUCCUUCAACGAGCUAGGUCUUCUGGGACUUUAUUGAACAUAAAGGCAUGGAAGAAAUGGACAACUCAAAUAUUAUCGGCUUUGAAUUAUUUGCAUUCCUGUGAUCCCCCUAUAGUGCACGCUAAUCUGACUUGUAAUACCGUUUUCAUCCAACAAAAUGGUCUCAUUAAAAUAGGAUGUGGUAUGGUUUUCUUUAUGUUUUAAUGAUUAUAUUUAGUUGCUCCCAAUGCGAUUCAUCAUCAUGUUAAGACUUUCCGGGAGAAUUUGAAGAACAUGCAUUAUGUUGCCCCAGAAUUUGACCGUUAGUUUUUUUCUUACAUAAGUCAAGCCUGUAUUCGAUAAUAAGGUUUUGUUUUAGAAUUGUCUGAAGCCACCACGGAGACGGAUAUAUAUUCCUUUGGAAUAUGCGCGUUAGAGGUGAGACUAUUACUUGUAUUGAAUUCGAAUUUUCAGAUGGCAACGACAGGAGGCCUAUGUUGUAAUGGAUCCGCGGAGACGAAUACCCAUGUUACCCCAGCCAUGAUACGAAAGGCAAUCGAUGGUUUAGAAGAUGUAAAACAAAGGGUUAGUAUUGAAUCGAUCCUUAUUUAUUGUUACAGGACUUCAUAGAGAUUUGUCUGGACUCCGAUCCCAAGAAAAGGCCUACGGCCCGCGAACUUCUCUUCCACCAAGCUCUUUUCGAAGUGCAUUCUCUCAAAUUAUUAGCAGCUCAUGCCAUUGUUAACUCCAAACUAAUCGAUCACCUGGGAGAAGAAGACCUUAGGGUCCAAGAUUCAACGCGCAUUGUGGCCACUUCACACUACAAGCAGCUUGCUUAUUGCGAACUCUCCACGUUCCAGGUAACAUUUACUCCUUCACUUUGCUUUUAUAAAUCGAUUUUAUUUUUUAUUUUUAGAUCGAUUUGGAUAAAUUUCUGGAAGAUGUGAAGAACGGGAUCUAUCCUUUAAUCGCCUUCGCCCCUCUGGCACAUUUGCCAACGAAAGUUAAGUUAAAUGCGAAUGCGGCAAUUACUGGAUUCACUCAUGAUGCACCCAUCAGAAAAGAGCAAACCCGCUCCAUAUCUCCAGGAAAUGGACAAUAUAAUCAGAGGAUGAUACCGGAAACGAGGUCGGAAAACCCACAGAACAAAGAAAACAAUUCGCAACAAAACAAUGUAAAACAAACUACUAAUAUCACUGGGAAUACGGUGGUAAAUACACCCGGAAAGGACGAAGGAUAUGACACGGUUCAAAGCGGAAUGUCUCCGCCAAAUAAUCAGCCAUCUGGAGAAAACAAAGAGCAGGGCAAGUACACAGAGAGCAGAGAGAUCAUCGAGAUAUCGGCCAACAUUGAGGGGAAUAUCCUCAAGGCAACCCUAAAAUUGGACGACAUGAUGAUACGAGAACUGAGGACCCCCGUAGAGGCUGAUGACAGUGCCCAAGUUUUGGCCAAUGACCUAGUUAACCUCGGUUUUAUUUGUGCGGUAAGUUUUGUUUUGUGGAUUGUUCGUUUUAUUUGGAAAUUACAUGUGUAGUUGUUUUAGGCGGAUUGUGAAAAGGUUUGUCAAGUUCUCCAAUUUACGUUAGACGAAAGCCGAAUGCAAAAAGAAAGCGACAGUGGGAAGAGCUCAAGGAAAUCAUCACGGCAACACGACCCCAACUUGGUGAUCUCGACCCAGCCCCCCUCCCAAGAUCCCAACAAAACCUUGACCUAA